AAAAAAAAAAAAAAAAAAAAAAAAAAAAAAAAAAGAACUAGUGGGCUCUCUCUCCCUCUCACCCUAAUUCUUUUCUUUUCCUCCAGCCACCCAAUGUUUUUGCUCUCCCUCUCUCUCUCCAGGAGAUGCUACUGUCAAUCAUGACUUGUCCAUGGUACGUCUUCUUCUCUUUCUCUUCUUGAUGUUCUUUCUCUCAUCCCAAACCACCUUCUUCUUCUUCUUCUCUUUUUCUUUUUGAUUUUGUUUCUCAUAUCCCAAACACCGAGAAACCCGACUGCACUCUGGUUGGUUCGGCCCCGUUCCUUCCUUACAAAUCGGUGUCGGUUUCAAAAUAUGGCAAAACCGACAUCCCAUCCAUAGUUAAUGGGUAUUCGCUCAUGUUCAAGAAUAUGUUUAAUUGACUCGUAUGUACUUCAACCCCGCCACAUUUUCAGUCAAAAAUGUCUUUUUAGAGCUUACUAUACUGCUGCUUCAGCACUGUCUUCCGAAGUAGACCAUGUGUUCGAUGAAUGCCCUAAACCAAAACUUGAAGUUAAUGUUACUGAUGAAGUUAGUGUUUUUAGAAGUAUCCGGAAAGAGCCCAAACUGUUUCCCUUAGUUGGUAGGGUGUUCAAGUCUUUGAAUUGGAUGGUUGCAAGGGAAAUAAGAUUUUCGACCGCGGUGGGGAAGCAUGGAUUUGCUCAUGCAACCAAUGCGUUUAGAAUGGUGGUUCAUAUUUUCGCGUUAUGUGGGAUGCGGAUGGAAGUGUAUGCUUUGCUUAGAGAUAUGGUUGGAUAUUAUAAUGAAGUUAAUUGUGAUGCUUUUGAGUUGUUCCCGAAUUUGCUGGACUCACCUCGCCACGCGGUGAGAUCACUUGUUGUAUUUGAUGUACUAAUAAAAGUAUUCGCUGCCAAUUCAAUGCUUGAGUAUGCUGUGGAUGUGUUUUUGCGUGCUAAGAGUAUUGGGCUUAAACCCGAUGUUUGUUCGUGUAAUUUCUUGUUGAAGUGUUUGGUGGAAGCUAAUAAAGUGGAAUUUGUUAGAAGUUUAUUUGAAGAUUUUAAAAAUUCUGGGCCGCCGCCUACUGUUUACACCUACACAAUUAUGAUGAAUUUUUACUGUAAAGGGGAUACUGGCCGGGAUGUAGAUAUUGGACAAGCAACUGAAAUUCUAGAAGAAUUGGAGAGAAGUGGGGAAAUCCCAACUGUUGUGACAUACAGUACAUAUAUCCAUGGACUUUGUAAAGUUGGUUGUGAUGAGUUUGCCUUGGACUUAAUUCGGAAUUUGAGAUGUAGAAACCAACCUCUCAAUAGUUAUUGUUAUAAUGCUAUUAUUUAUGCCUUUUGCCAAAAAGAUAAAGCAUAUGAAGCUUUGGAAAUUUUGGAAGAAAUGAAGAGCAAUGGAAUACUUCCAGAUGUUUACAGUUACAGCAUUCUGAUCGAUGGGUUUUGUAAGAAAGGGGAUAUUGAGAAAGGUCUUAAGUUUAUUGAGGAAAUGGAUCAUUAUGGUUUAAGGCCAUCGCUGGUUACUUAUAGUUCACUCUUCUAUGGUCUAUGUAAGAGUGGACUGAUGGACAUCUCACUAGAUAUGUUCCAUAAUCUUGGGGCUACUGGUUAUGUAUAUGAUCAUAUUGCUUAUGGAAUCUUAAUCAAUGGAUUUUGUAUGCUGGGUGAUAUGCAUUCAGCCAAUAAACUUUUGGAGGAGAUGAUCAGCAAUAAUUUGGUUCCUGCUGCUUUCACUUUCCACAGUCUGAUACAUGGGUUCUGCAAGAUGGGGAUCUUAGAUAAGGCCUUGGAAGUUUUCAAUAACAUGCUACAACAUGGUGUCUUGCCUGAUACCAUCACUUGCAAUGUUAUAAUUGAUGGAUAUUGCAAGGUAGGGCACUUUGAGGAAGCCACGAAACUUAUGGGUGAAAUGCAAGAACUGGGCAUUUCUGUUAACUCGUAUACCUAUAAUGCAGUUAUUAAUGGCCUGUGCAAGGUAAGAAAAUCAGAAAAAGCAUGGGAACUUUUUCCUCAAAUGCUUAAGAGGAAUGUACUCCCUGGAGUUGUUAAUUAUGGUACACUGAUGGAUGGCUUUGCUAAACAGUUGAAUUUUAAGAAGGCCUUGAUGUUGUACGCAAGAAUGCUAAAAGCUGGGGUCAUGCCUGAUACAGUCAUGUAUACCAUUCUUGUUAACAUAUUUUGCCAGAGGGGAGAAAUGCAUGAAGCGUAUAAUCUGUUCAAGGAAAUGACUGAAAAGGGUGUCCUUCCUGAUAAGAUUUCUUACACAUCUUUGAUAUCUGGAUUUAGUAGAAUGGGGGACAUGAAGAAAGCCUGGGCAUUGUUAAAUGAAAUGCUGAGGAAAGGCCAUAUGCCCAGUGUUGUCACUUAUACCUGUUUAAUUCAUGGAUUUUGCAAGUUGAAACGCAUGGAUAUUGCCAAAUUGUUGGUUGAUGAAAUGAGGAUAAACAAAGUGACCCCGGACGUGGUAACUUACACUGUUCUUAUUGUUGGGUACCGCUGUCUUGGAAAUAUUGAAAAGGCACAUGAGUUAUUCGAUGAAAUGAAGGAAAGUGGUAUCAUUCCAGAUGAUAUUGCACAUAUUGCACUGGGGUAUAAAGCUGGUGCAGUUUCUGAAGGCUAGGAAGCUACUGGAGUGAUUUUUUGAAGACCAGAAGUUCAAAGGAUCUUCAAAAGUUUUGAAUGAACAAAGCCUGCUCACCUUGUCUGGUUGACCAGGGUACUAAUUAUUUCCAUUUUGCAAAUGCCACCUCAAUCAGUGAAGUGGAUAAUGCUCAUGACGCCAGCUUUUUAAUGAUUGAAGACGUAUUUAUUUAUUUAUAAUACAACUUCAUUAGUAUACAAUUGGAUUGGUUAUGGAGUUGGAUAGCAUUGCAAAGGCCACCAUGAUUGAUUAUAAGGACUACGCCUGAUGGAGCAGAGGUCACUAGUUCCUCUUUAUCCCUCCCUCCCCUUGGAGUGGUGGCCCUAGCUGGGAGGUACCAUUAGGCAGAAGAGACUCCAAAAGUGCAAGCUUGAGCGGUUCUAACAACAAUAUUCCUACUCCAAACAACUCAUUCUAGACCAUCCUCACUAAGUUUACGCAACAAGGUCUUGAUAUUGUAAAGAGUGGUUGCCCAUUACCCGGUGUAAGUCAAGAUACUGCUUGAUACAAGGUGAAUGGAAGUUCACUAGUGAUCAAUCGCUCAUUUACAGUGCUGUCCUUGAUGCACACAAUGCUGUAAUAUCUACAAUGAAACUUGGAGCAAACUGGGAGGAUAUGCACUUGUAAGACUUGAUAUUGAACGUUCUGUUAAAAAAAUUGCAAUAUGCAUGUCUGUAUGUAUUUUAUGGAGUAAGGAAAAUAUGGGAGGAGGGAUGGGGUGUCCUCUUCAGGGAAGUACAAGAAGAAAGGAUGCAUCAUUGUUUUUCAAUGAUACUAGCUUUUGUCAUGGACCUGGCCUUCUUGUUGGGAAGUGACACUUCUCCAUAUAUAUGUUACUUGAUGAUAAUUGAUGGAGCACAAUGGUUUUCAAUUUUUUCUUUUAAUUAGUCAUUUUGAAAGCAUGGAAGAUGGAACUAUUUGAAUAUUUGAAAAUUAGAAGGGUGUUUUUGUUUUUAUAUGAGAGUGAAAUUUAAUUUGGAAUUGCACAA